ACUAUCAUUUCGCAAGAAUCGGGACAGUCACUGUAAUUUUUUACAAUUCUCUUACUAAUUUCCCAUUAUACUCGAGUGAAUUCUUUUUAUUAUUUUUUACUCAAAACUGAUUUUUGAAUUUUUCAAUUAUAUCAAUCAUAUAUUUUCAAAAUGGUUCGAGAAUUUAAACCCGCCGUCAACGUUUCACCUCUCAUUAGAGUAAGUAAAUUAUGUGAACUUAUAAUAUCUUAUUGUUAUGGUAAAUUGCUUUCGAACCUUUCCCCAUAUACCUACCAAUGUCAAAUUUUAUUUUUCAAAAUUAUGAUAUGUAAACUGAUUUAGAAAUCAUAAGUUGUGUAAUCGUAAUUUUAUUGUUAAGAUGUUUUAAAUUGAUAUUUCAUAUUUUAAAACUUACCUUAGAUAGCUAGGAAAUAAUAAUUUUGUGCGUUUUAAUCAGUCAUAAUACAGGGAAAUAAUAAAUAGUCAUGGAAUGUAACUUGUAUUUAUGUACAUUUUAUGGAUUGCUCAGAGUAAUUCUUAUUGUAAAGUUAAAUUAAUUAUAUUAUAUUUACUUACUCAAGAACAAACUUAAAUGUGUAUGGAUUUUUGUAAAUGGAAAAUAUAUUUCUUCAUAUUGUCUUGGAUAGUUUAUAAAUAUUAUAUAUUUCGCAUCCAUCUACUAAUUUAUUGUAUGUGUAGUGUAAAAACUGUAAUGUAAAAAUUUUUGACUUUGACUUUGACUUUUAUUAUUAUAUACUAAGUUUUGAGAACUAUGUGAUGACCAAACUUUAUUACCUGUUGUUUUAAUAAUGCACAUACAAUUGUGCAAUAUUGACUACAUAAAUUAUGAUUAUCAAAGUACUAGAAUACUAUAAUAAUAUUAUAUAUAAUAUAUUAUAUUACAUUUUAUGACUAUAUUUGAAGGUCAGUUGAAGGUUAUUUAUUUAAGCCAAAUAUAAGUACUAGAUUUACUUACAAAUAAACAGUAUUAAAUAAAAUAGUGAUACAUGAUUUAUUUAAAUAUUCAAUCAACCCAGCAAUAUAAUUUUUCUAGUCCUUUAGUUGCCCUUCCUAAUUGUAUAAAUAAAAGCGUGGUAAUUUUUUGAACACUUCAUACCGUUAAAAACUUAUAAUUUUUUCUAAGAAAACGGUUACCUAUAUAAAGCAUUUCAAAUUUUAGAUAAGUAUUAUUCAUCUAAAUGUUUUAUUAAUUAAUUAAAAAUACCUAACCUAUUUGUUUCAAUAUUAUUUAUACUUAUAUUAACAUUUCAAAAAAUUAUUUUACGUCUAAAUGUGUAUUCAAAACUAUAGGUUGUCAUUUCAAAAUCUAACAAAAAUAUGAGUUUCACAUCUAAGCAUACAGAUCUAAUAAUAUGUUUAUUGCAAUACAAUUAUACAUUUUUAAAUAUUUCUAAUAUACAUGCAGGUACAAUUAUAGUAGAUCUAAUACUUAUUCACCAUAAUUAAAAAAAAAUAUUAGUUUAAUGAUUGAAGAAAUAUUUGAAUUAGAUUGAGUCUAAUUUAUUGUGAUUUCUUAUAAUUUUCCAACUGUUUCAGUUAUGCUUAGGUGUUUAAAAAAAAAAAUAUGUAAUUGAGGCUGUAUGUAUAUUAUGAAUUUUGAAACCAACAAUUUUCUUUAACCUUAUCAAAUUAAUUUAAUGGGUGAACUAUUUUUCUAACAUCAAAUUUUGAAUAAUAAACUAUUGUAACCAAAAAAUUCAUACUUAUGUACUUCUUAUGUUAUAGUUUGGUCGUUGGAGCUUCUUAGUGUUAGGUAUUACAUAUGGAGCUACGUUUCAGAGUAUUUUCCAAAGAAAAGAAGAUAAAGGUAGAGAAGUUAGAGAGAAAGCUAGAGCUGAAAGAAAUGCUAAAAUUGCUGAAGAAAAAGCGAGAUAUCUUCAAGGUAAUUAAUAUUAAUUUUUAUUAUUUUAUUUAUUUAUUCUUAAGUUAAAUAAUGUGCUAUAGUUAUUAUAUACAAGUUAUUGCCUGCCCCAAAAAUUAUUUGAAAAAAAUAUAUAUUAAUUUUAUUUAAGAAUACUUUAAAAAUUUAUACUAAUAAAAGGAAGUGUGUCUGUUUGUCUGUAAGCUAUGUAUUGUUAAAUCUAUUCCUCUAACUCUUAAAGAAUUUUUGGAAUAAAUAUAUAAUAAGAUUAUUUUUUUUACGUGGUGUGUAAAUAAUAAUGAGGGAUAAUUUAACUCUACUGAUAAAACUAUGCUGCUAACGAGUGAUUUUUUUUUUAAUAGUAUUUUAUAGAACACAUUUACCUGUUGUACUAUAAUUUUUAUAGAUCAUGAAGUAUAUUUUUUCAAUAAAAAUAUAUAUUCAUUGCCAAAAUAAUAAGGUAACAAUUCAAAAUAUAAGAUUUUUGUUUUUUGUUUUAAAUUUGUCUAAUUAUUUCCAUAGUGAAAUAAUUUGUCUCCUUAUAUAAAAGAGAUAUUGAUUAUUUCUUUCUUUGUUUAACACAUUAUACUCAUUAUAACAAUUAAGAAUGACUUUUCUACAAUAAGCCAGAUAAAUGCAGUUUUACCAUGGCAUUAAUAAUUGAUGUAUUCAGGUAUUGCAGCCCCAAUAUUUAUUUGUUGGAUGUUAGUAUUUAGUGCCACAAUUUUUAUUUUAAAUUAAUAUAACUACCAGUAGUACUAAAAUGUGUACAUGUUGAUUCAUUGAGGUGCUAGAGCCUGAGAAAGAUAACUGUGUGGAUCAAGAUCAUCUGCGACAGCUUGUUAAUCUUUUAUAUAGGAAUCGCCAGUGUGGUCUAGGUCAGUAGUGUGUAACCUUUUUUGAUCCACGGCUCCCAAAUUAAUUCAUUUAGAUGAAGUGACCUCCCCUUUCCUACUAACAUUACAUAAGCGUAUAAUACAUAUAUUUGUUUAAUGUAUACAAUAAUUAUAGUCUUAUAAAUUAAAUAGUUAAUUUUUGGUAAUUUUAAUAUUUGUUUAAUUCAAUUUAUCCAAAUUUUUUAUUCCAAAAUAUUAAAAAAAAAAAACCGACAUUGUUAAUAAAUAAUUAAAUAAAUAAAUAAUAUUAAUCUAAAAAAUACAAUGAAUAAACAGUAUUAUUAUAGAUACAUAAUAAGUAUAAAAAUGAUUGUAGAAAAUAAUAUCUAUAAGUAAAAUCAAAAAUGUAUUUUUAAUGAAUCAUAUGAACCUUUAAACAACAAAAUAUGUAUGAAAACCCACAGACCUAUGAUAAAUUCUCUUAAUUUUUCGUUUUUUUUUUUGGAGAAUGUAACAAAACAUAUAAAUAGGCUUCCCCCAAUGAUCUUGAUCUAGGGGACUUUCUUUUUCAGGCUCUAGUGCUUCAGUGAAUGGAUAGAUACAUUUUAGUAGGUAUAUAAAUUGAGCCAGUCAUUUUUUAUUGUCCUUAAAUAAUGUUGGUUAAAAGUUUAAAACCCUUUAUAUGUAAUAGAUUAUUGGUGAAAUUGGUAUAUAAAUCAAAAUAUAAGUAAUUUUCAUCUUUAGUUUGUAAUUGCACAUCUGUUGAUAUUUAUAAGUUUACAAAUUUUAAAUAUGUAUCACCCUCAACAUUAUUUUUUGACAGUAAUACAAGUCUAGUUUUAUUCUAAAUUUCAAAUAGAUUUACUGAAAUAGCUAAUUUAAAAAAAUAAUGUUAAGUAUAUUAAGUCUGAUUAAAUUUAAAUACAAUUAGAACAAAUUAACUCAUAUUAAAUGUAUUUAUUCUGUCUUAAUUUUACAGUGGAUAUGGACAAUUUGAAUGCUAUAUUCAAUCCACCAAAGACUGCAUAAGAAAUAUUGAAAAUUUGUUCCAUAGAUGCACGCAAAAUGAUUAAAAAAAAAAAUUGAAUAUUCAACUUAGUACUGGAGUCUAACUUUUAAAACAUUUAAAUUAUCUUAAAAUAGUUACAACUACUAGUUAUUAAAAUGUUAUAAUUUAUACUAUCAAAUAUACCAUUAAAUAUGAAAUU